UGGGACGUUGCAAUAUAACACCAUUUUGCAAUUAAUGUUAUUCUGUAAAAGGGAAGGUAAAUGGAACAAAAUGGCAUAUGUAGAUCUGUUUUUCACAUUGCGAAAUCAUCCGGAAUGGCAAAGGCAAUGUGAAUUGUUUUCACCUGGUUCCGCGAUAAUGGCAUUAAAGGGGCAGGAACCUGAUAAAAAUUUGGAAAAAGAUUGCUCAGCUUGUGACAAUGGUAAACAAUGUCUUAAACGUGAAUUUGAAGAUGAUGAUGUUGAACUAUUGGUUGCGCCUCGCAGAAGGCUAGGAAAUGAUCAGAGGGAUCAAAAUCUGGAGGCUAACAAUGCUUCUCUCUCUCCUGUGGAAGGGGAGGCAGAAGGAUUCAGCCCGAUUGCAGGGAGAACGAGAGGAAGAAGGGGAGGAGAUGGAUUAACUGUCCUCCAGGCCCCUCUUCGACAGGCCAUUGGCAAUGAAGGUCCAGUAAUGGUGAAAGUCCCCUUCUCAAUAACUGAUUUGAGGGCAUGGAAGGAGACUGCGGGCACCUAUCGGGACGAUCCUGAAAGGGUUGCCAAGGUAAUGGAAACAAUAAUUAGAACCCAAAACCCCGAUUGGGAAGAUUUACAAGUAAUAUUGGAUACAUUGUUGGAAAGUACUGAAAAGAAAAUGGUAUUAAAUACAGCCAGGAAAGAAGUGGAAAGAUCCCAUGCUAACGGAAAUAUACAAGGGACAGUGGACCAGAAUUUUCCAUCCACAAAUCCCGAGUGGGACCCUAAUCAGCCGGGACCCAGAGGGAUGCUGACUAGGUACCAGAAGUGGAUUUUAUUUGGUGUUAGACAUGCAAUGCCAAAAGCAAUUAAUUGGUCUAAAUUAUAUGAAGUAAGACAAGAACUAAACGAAUCCCCUUCGGCCUUUAUGGAAAGACUGAAGGUGACAGCUAGAAAAUAUACUAAUCUGGACCCAGAAGAACCUGAGGAGGCUAUACAAUUGGCCUCUAUAUUUAUGGGACAAUCAGCCCCAGACAUCAGGAGAAAACUUCAAAAAUUGGAAGGAGCUGAGUCCAGAGAUUUGGGCAAAAUGCUUGAAAUAGCUUGGACCGUGUAUAACAAUAGAGAAAAAGAAAGAGAAGUCAGACAAAUGCGAAGGGAUGGGAAAAUUCUGGCCAUCUUGACUGAGAAUAAUAAGGGGGGCAUGGGAAAGGGACGAGGAAUGAAUAUCGUUGAUCGGGGGCUUGGGAGGGGAAGAGUGGUCCCUAGAUUGGCGAAGGAUCAAUGUAUGGUUUGUAAAGAGCGUGGACAUUGGAAAAAGGAUUGUCCCAAAGCUGGGGGAUUAAAUUCAACACUCCAGGCUAUUAAAUUGAUGACUUUGGAUAAUGAGUCAUGAAGGGGACCGGGGGAAUCAACCCUAGCUGAGCCCCUGGUUACAUUGAGGCUAGGGAAUGAAGAAAUGGAAUUUUUAGUAGAUACAGGGGCUACAUAUUCGGUAUUGAACACAUGUAAAGCAAAACUCAGCCAUAAAUCAGCAGAGGUCGUUGGUGCGAUGGGGCAAAAGGAGAACCGGCCUUUCCUGAAACCAUUAAAAUUUAAGUUAGGAAAACAGUGGGUUACACAUCAAUUUUUGUAUAUGCCCGAAUGUCCGUUGCCUCUAUUAGGGCGAGAUUUAUUAAGCAAAUUAGAUGCACAAAUAAUUUUUAAAGAUGGAGAAAUCAGAUUACUAAUACCAGAAUCAAAAGCCAUAGAGGCGAGAGUGUUUAUGUUACAGGACUCCUCCAAGGAGGAACAGAUUCCAGAAGUGGUGGACAAUACAGUAACCCCUUUGGUAUGGGCAAGUGAAGUUCCAGGACGAUCUAAACUGGCGGAACCAGUAAAGGUGACCUUAAAACCCGGAGCCAAACCGGAAAGACCCUCGAAGCGCUUAGAAGAUAUAUUGUGCUGACCAGGCCGCUUGCUCUUGAUACGCCUGUACAUCCAUACCAGCUGGGUGACCUUGUGUAUAUAAGGACGUGGGGUUCUGAACCACUCCA